AAUUUGUUCACAUAUACGAAUAUCUAUCAGCUGCCAUCUUCCACUCUGAUCGGCAUAAUCUGGUGAUUUUUUCUCCACCAGUUCAACUCCUUCCUUCUUUCGAUAAGAUGUCACGAAGAGAUUGGAGUGAACUGCCAGUUCAUUGUUUAGUCGAAAUCUUGGAAAGAGUCGGAAUCGAAUCUCUUGUAGAGACUGUUCCUUUAGUCUGUAAAUCUUGGUAUGAAGCUACGUUCUACCCUCAAUGCUGGCAACACCUCGUCUUUACUAAAUUAACUUUUUUACGAAAUUCCAAAUGUUCAAUCCCAAGACUGAAAUCAGUAAAAGACUCGCGUUUUAAUUUAAAUUUUGGGGUGUCACGACAUAUCAAUGAUGUAGAUGAUUCUCUAGAAAAGUUUGUUCAGUUUGCAAUCGGGCGUAGCCAUGGACUCGUUUCCGAGGUUGUGUUUCACCCUGAAUCGCGUUUGAAAGAAGGCCAAAUUGCGAGGAUUGCUCAACGUUGCCCAUCUUUAAAGCUCUUGGUGCUACCAAGCUAUUUGAGCUAUGUGAUUAACUUUGAAGUCUCAGACUCGAUCUGCAAGUGGAAAAGCUUGGAAGCUUUACAUGUUGCAUCUUUAAUAGGAUUGAAGAAAACCAUUGCCAAUAUUAGUAAAAGCUGCCAAAACUUUAAGCAUUUAAGUGUUAAUGUUCCUCGACUCGAUGGGAUGUGGUGUUAGCCAUCGCGUCCCAUCUCCCAAAUAUAAAGAUAUUAGAUUUACGGUUCUCGAAAAUUGAAAGGAGUGAUCUAGUUGUGAUCCUAAAAGGGUGCCAGAAACUUGAGCACCUCGACAUUAGUGGGUCUAAAGAUGUAGCAUACGAAGAUGAGAUACUAAACCUUGUACGUGCAAUUCGUGUAUUCAGGCACGGGGUUUUUUACUUGACGGAAUAAUACAAUGAUUGUAAUUGUACUUUCAUUGCUUAUGUGUAUCGUUGUUUGUAGAUAAGAGGUCGACAUGAAAAAGAAA